AUAAUGCAUAGAGGAAAAUGUCAACUUAUUCUUUUAUUGGUAAACAUCAUGAGUGAUAUAAAAGAAUUAGAUUCAAUUAAAAAAACAUACAUCUCCCUUAUAUAACCAUUUCAUCUUUGCCUUAUUCCUUAAGUAAUAAAAUAACACCUCACUGAAAAGAAUAGCAAAUAUGGAGGAAACUAACAAAGAAUCAACUAAAGAUGAAAUCAAGUACAGAGGAAUCAGAGCAAUGCCCUUUGUCAUAGGGAAUGAGACAUUUGAGAAGCUAGGAACAAUUGGAAGCUCAUCAAAUCUGUUGGUUUAUUUAACAAGUAUAUUUCAUUUGAAGAGCAUAACAGCUACUAAUAUUGUCAAUAUCUUCAAUGGUACUUGCAACUUUGGAACCUUGCUUGGAGCUUUUCUUUCUGAUACGUACUUUGGUCGUUACAACAUUCUUGGAUUUGCCUCAGUGUGUUCCUUCUUGGGGAUGUUAGUACUGACUUUAACAGCAGCAGUCUCAAAGUUUCAUCCACCUGAAUGUGGUAAUCAAGAAACUGCACCAGUAUGUGUUGGUCCAACAGCAAGGCAAAUGACAUUUUUACUAGGAGGUUUUGGAUUGCUAGUAAUUGGUGCUUCUGGCAUAAGGCCUUGUAGUUUAGCAUUUGGGGCUGAUCAAUUUGAUCCCAAUACUGAAUCCGGAAGAAGAGGAGUUAUGAGUUUCUUCAACUGGUACUAUUUCACUCGCACGUUUGCUGUGAUGGUCUCAUUGACUGUCAUUGUGUAUGUUCAAUCAAAUAUCAGCUGGUCUCUAGGAUUAGCCAUCCCAACAAUUACUAUGUUCCUUUCUUGUGCACUUUUCUUUGUGGGCACUAAAAUAUAUGUCAGGUUUGUGCCAAAAGGCAGCCCUUUGUCAAGUGUCGCACAGGUCUUAGUUGCUGCAUUCAAGAAAAGGCACCUGCAGCUGCCAGAGCAACCAUGCUUCUCCUUGUUCAACUAUGUACCUUCCAAUUCCUUGAAUUCUAUGCUUCCUUACACUAAUCAGUUUAGAUUCUUGAGUAAAGCAGCAGUGAAAACCCCAGAAGACCAUAUAAACUCAUCAGAUGGAUCUGCAGUCGAUCCAUGGAGGCUUUGCAGUAUUCAGCAAGUGGAAGAAGUGAAAUGCUUACUAAGAGUAAUCCCAAUAUGGGUUGCUGGAACUAUCUAUUAUGUCUCUGUUGUACAAUCGCAAAAUUAUGUUAUCUUUCAAGCCUUACAAAGUGACAAUCGACUAGGCCACAUCAAUUUCCACAUCCCACCAGCAUCUUUCAUAGUCAUUUCUAUGCUCAGCAUAACAAUUUGGCUACCUAUAUAUGAUCGCGUUUUACUUCCAUGGCUUCGGAAAUUCACUGGAAAAGAAGAUGGAAUCACCCUUCUCCAGAAAAUGGGAAUUGGUAUAUUUCUAUCUAUCGCAACAAUGAUCCUAUCAGGGAUCGUUGAAGACAAGAGAAGGACCCUGGCAAUGACUAGGCCAAUGCUGCAAAUGACUCAGGGGAAAGGUGCAGUUUCAUCCAUGUCAGGACUAUGGCUAAUACCUCAGAUGGCAUUAGCAGGUCUUUCUGAGGCUUUUACACUAAUCAGCGAGAACGAGUUCUUCUAUAAACAAUGCCCUGAAAACAUGAGGAGCAUCGCGGCAUCUUUCUUCUUUGUUGGCAUGGCGGGGUCGAGUUAUUUGAGCAGUUUCUUGACAUCAGUUGUUCAUAAGACAUCAAGUUGGUUGGCUGAGGACCUUAACAAGGGGAAAUUAGACUCUUUUUAUUAUCUCAUUGCAGGACUAGAGAUUCUGAAUUUGGGUUAUUUUCUUGUAUGUGCAAAAUGGUACAAGUAUAAAGGAAGGGCAGGUGACAACAAAGUGAGUGAAAGAACAGAUCAAAAUGAAAUUGUAAUCUAAUUUUUCAGUCAGCAGAAUCAGUAUGGUAGUUUUUCCAUAAUUAGUUAUGCUUUGUUGGAACCAAAUAUAGAAAGUAAAACAAGAAAAAUGAAAAUUAUGUGUCACUCUCAUCCUUCAUGAGCUAAUGCACAAAUCAAUUGUGUCGCCCAUAUCAAUCGAGUAUUUAUGGUCAACAAAGUUUUUUAAA